AUGGACCCCAAGUGCUCCUGCCCCACUGGCGGCUCCUGCAGCUGCGCUGGCUCCUGCACCUGCAAAGCCUGCAGAUGCACCUCCUGCAAGAAGAGCUGCUGCUCCUGCUGCCCCGUGGGCUGCGCCAAGUGUGCCCAGGGCUGCGUCUGCAAAGGGGCCUCGGACAAGUGCAGCUGCUGUGCCUGAUGUCGCGGAGAGCCUGCCC